AUGCGCUCUAGACCGGUCCGGGAGUCUAUUCUCGAGAUUAACGAUCGUUUAUGGGUCGUCGGAGGCCGAUUCACCAUCUCGCGAGAACCGACGGCCCCGUCAGAUCGGCCGUUCUGGAGUGAUGGCGCGGGCGAGUUCUUUGCCGUGUCCGAACCCGCAAGCCAGCAGGCCCUGCACGGUCGCCCACUGUCCCCCGAGAGCCCGAUUGCACUCGUGAAUGAUGCAGGCGACGUCAAUGCGGCUUGGCGGAUCGGCGAGGCCUUUUUGAAAGUGCAGGCGAAUUUCUACCUCGCCAGAACCCGCGAGCAUACAACGCUGGACUACCUCCACGACCCUUCCAACGGCGUUGUGUUGUCCGCCUCGACACCGCGCGUCUUGUAUCACAACGAAUUUGACGAGCGGUACUAUCUUAUCACGACGCGGGUUCCAGGAGAGACGUUGGAAAAGGCGUGGCCGGCGAUGGACGAGGCCGUCCAGCAGGCAUGUGUCGACCAAAUCGUGGAUACCUGUAUCACGCUCGCACAAAAAACGAGCGCUACGAUUUGUGGCGUCGACGGUGGUCAGCUCGCGGACAAUUGGAUAAAACCUCUCGUGCCGACGAAAGACUAUUCCUCCAAGGCGCUAGCUGCCCAUUGCCGAGAGAUUGGGAUGGACAUGUCCAAGGAUUGUAUGCUGUACCACUGUGACUUGGGGCCCACGAAUGUCCUCGUAGACGUUAACGACGGCUGCCAAAUCGGUAUUGUUGAUUGGGAAGUUGUCGGAUUUGUUCCUAAAACCUGGAUCAGAACCAAAUUUUGCGUGUGCGGGGCUAUGAACUUCAACUUCGCCAACGGGGACGCGGAGAGAGGCAAGGAAUGGAGACAGCGGGUCCAGCUUCGGUUGGCAGACGCAGGCUUUCCGGAGGUUGGCGAUGCUUGGCGUACGCGAUUCUGGGCUGACUACAACGCUCUGUGCUCUGAGGAAGAGUAA